GAUCGAGUUGCCAUGGCGCUGCUGAACAGUCUGGCUUCCUCGCUGGAGUCCCACAGGGGCCGGGACCGCCUGAUCCGGACACUGGGGUAUUGCUGCCAGCUCGUCGGUGGAGUCCUAGUGGAACAAUGUCCCAGCAGGUCUGAACUGGGAAGGCGCUUGCUGGUGGUGUCAGCUCAGCUCAGCCAUUGCAGGACUGUCUUGCGACUCUUUGAUGACCCAGCCAUGUUUGUCUACACUAAGCAAUAUGGCCUGGGGACAGAGAAGGAGGACAUCUUCGUCCGAUGGUUGUCUGUCCUGAGUAACAUGGCUGACCAGCUGUACUAUCCAUGUGAGCAUGUCGCCUGGGCUGCCGAUGCCAAGGUCCUCCAGGUGGACUCUGCUGGGUGGUGGACACUGAGCACAGCCCUCUGGAUUCUCUCUCUACUCCUUGGAGCUGUCAGGUCUCUGUGGACGGCAUUGAAGCUAAGACAGAAGCUGUGGAAACCCACAGGCACCUUCACCAGCGAGCUGCCCAGGAGCAAGCGGAGGGCCAUGGAGGCAAAGAUGUGGUCAGAGGUUUUAACUCUACUCAGCAACCUGGCUGACCUGGCCAAUGCUGUGCACUGGCUGCCCCCAGGUGUCUUGUGGGCUGGCCGCUUCCCUCCUUGGCUGGUGGGCCUCCUGGGUACUAUCUCCUCCCUCCUCAGCAUGUAUCAGGCUGCCAGGGCUAGCAGCACAGCUGAGGCAGACAGCUCUUGAUGAGGCCCUGGAGUGGCAGGUGGAGGACGCUGUGGGGCUCAACAGAGGGCAGAUUCCCAGAAUGGGAACCACUGGCCAGGGGUGCAUCCAUAAUCGUGUACCCCAGUAACUGUUCCUGCGUGGGAAGGAAAAGGGCCGAUAGAUCCCAGGUCCCAGCUAGGGCAUCAUGGGAAAUCUGUUCCUUUGGGAAGUGGGGGGCCACAUGAGGAGGACCCCAGGAUUCUCAGAGCUUGCAAAGUCCCAGGAGUACUCUGCUAGAACCCCCCACUUGCUGGCUUACCUGAGGGUGAGUGGGAGACAUGUCAUGCCUUGGGUCAGGCACUGGGGAAGCUGGAACACUGGAAUGCCUAUUAAAUAACUUGGUAUGGG